AUGGCUUCCCUCUAUGAAGUGCUUGGAAUUUCAGUUGGUGCAAGCUGCGUGGAAAUAAAGGCUGCUUACAGAAAGCUCGCAAGAACUUACCAUCCUGACGUUGUGGCCAUGAAUCAGAAGGAAAGUUCAGCUCACCAAUUCAUGAUGAUCCAUUCAGCUUACUCAACGUUGUCUGACCCAGAGAAGAGAGCUGAGUAUGACAGAGAAAUCUAUAGAUACAAAAGAUCAGCAAAGAUGGCUUCCAUGGCAGGAAGAAAUCAGACAUUUUCCUGCACUGGAGGAAGUGGGAGGAAAUGGGAAACGGACCAAUGUUGGUAG